UGUAUAAUUUGACACAAUUCUCUUGAGAAAUCAAAUCAGCCACCAUCAAAAGUACCCCCUCAACUUUUUUCAGCCACCAUCAUCGUCUUCAACCAUCAUAUCCAAUCUUCUGCCACAGUGCGAGACACAAGAUCAAAUUUGGCCAAUCCAGUGUAUUCCGGUCAGAUUUCUUUACUGUCAGAUGGCAGUUGAGAAGGAUGGCGCUGCAACCGUUAACGACCGUCUUCGGCGUAGCCAAGAAUUGUGUGCUUAAUAAGAAGAGUUGGAUGUAGGGCAAGUCUUGUGACUCUUCCUUGGUCAAUCUUGUUCUUCUUUCGCAAAUUUGCACUAUUUGCUAUCUCUUGGUCAAACGCUGAUUCUUAUAGAUAGUAGCCAUGGGAGGUUGGAACUUCAUUCACUUCACAUGCUUCAUAAUUUUGCCUCGCUAGAGUCCUUUAGUCUUGGUGGAGCUCAGAAGAAUUGGAUUGAUAACGGUGAUCUUACUUUCUAGUUCACACAUUGAAAACCCAAUUGGCACUCAUGGAGUGCGUGUCCAAGGAAUAGUGACUAAUUAUAAGGAGGCUAGUGCUUUGAGCUUCAUCUAAUCCUUAGCCGGAGUUAAACAUUCUGUAAUGUUACGCCUGGCUUCCAAUAUUCUACAAAGAAGCUCAUCUAGAACUCUUGCAUCAUCUCGUGAUUUCUCAUUGCAAUUGUUACUCCAACAUAUUUUCCCACAGCAACAAGACGAUUUCCAGCACCAACAACGGAGUUGCUACUUUGGGCAGUCAAUGGCGUCGAGCCCUAGCCUCUCGAUAUGGAGGCGCAAGAAAGAGAUGGGCAAGGAGGGCCUCAUCGUUGCUAAGGAGCUCAAAAGGCUCCGCUCUCAGCCCCUCCGCCUCGAUCGCUUCAUACGCUCCCACGUGUCCCGUUUGCUCAAGUCUGAUCUUCUGGCUGUUCUUGCCGAGUUUCAGAGACAAGACCAGGUUUUUCUCUGUAUGAAGAUCUACAAUGUGGUGCGCAAAGAGAUUUGGUAUCGACCAGACAUGUUCUUUUACAGGGACAUGCUUAUGAUGCUUGCAAGAAAUAGAAAGGUGGAUGAAGCAAAGCAAGUUUGGGAAGAUUUGAAGGGGGAAGAAGUUUUGUUUGAUCAGCAUACUUUUGGAGAUAUUAUUAGGGCUUUUCUAGAAAGUAAAUUGCCCUCGGAAGCAAUGGGUAUAUACGAUGAAAUGAGAAGAUCUCCUGAACCCCCUAUAUCACUGGCAUUUAGAGUUAUAUUGAAAGGGCUUCUUCCAUACCCGGAAAUGCGGGAGAAGGUGAAAACUGACUUUUUGGAGUUAUUUCCAGAUAUGAUUGUCUAUGACCCCCCUGAAGAUUUGUUUGAAGAUCAAGAAUGGAAAAGUGAAAGCAAAGAUGAUUACUAAUGCACUUGCUCAUGCUCCAUAAAUGAUUUCUUUCAUCUUCAGAAGCUAAAAUCACCAGCAACUGCUAGGUGCAAUCAAAUGCCCGUGGAAUUUGACAGAAAAUAUCUUAGUUUUAUACGGGUAGAUCUGCUCACGGAUGGUUGUUAAAACUUCAUCCAACGAGGCAGCAAUUAAGUUUGAGUUGCAACAAAGGCUCUAAACUCUCAUUAAUGCAAUGGGGUUUGCGUGUAAUGUCUAUGCAAUGUUGUCACACAGUUUUUAUUUUUAUUUUCUUUUAAUACUUCAAUACAAUUGAGAACAUAUAACAAAGAGUUUGAGUAGUAAGCCCAUACUUUUUGAGAUACA